GCCAUCUCGCCUGCCUCUCGCGCCAUCGCCGAGGAUCCGGAUGGAGUCGCUACUGCGAGCUAGGUCCUCAUCCACGGGGCUUCCCGUGCUUCUCCCGCCGAUCGGCACGCCGGCUCGCUCCGCCGCGUCGCCGCAGCGCUCGGCCGCCCGCUCGCGGCGCUCGCGGCGGGGCUGCACCUGGCGGGCGCGUGCGUCAUCGCGGCUUCCGCGAGCAAAGCAUGCGUCUGGGUGGCGGACCAUUCACGCGCCGGGGGCCAUUGGGGACCAGCGCACCGCGCUUGGGCGCCGAUGGACUUCCUGCCUGCCGCAGAGGACGCGUGCGGGCCCCUCCUGCCCAACUUUUGGUUCGGCCUCGCGUGCAACCGGCUGCUCGUCCACCUGUCGGCCGCGCUGAGCAUCCUCUUCUCCUUCGGCAUGGUGGUCCUUGGCGGUCUCGCGCUCGCGAAGCUCGCCGGCGGCUUCUGGCUGUGCGACAAGGUCAGCUGGUUCGUGUCCGCCGCGCUCCUCUUCCUCUUCCCCGCCCUCUCCGCCGCGGGCGCCGGCCCUUCUCGCGGCCGGCGCGGCCAGCCCUUCGCGUCUGUGUGA